AUGGACCAGAAAGCCCUUCGCGAUUUGAGUUCUCUGCGCAAGUGUUUCUACUUGCCCAGUGUCUGCAAAGAGAAUAUGUAUGCUGCGGCCGGAUUUGUCGGGAUGGUUAACAAUUUUUUCUUGCCAAAAGAACAACCGGGCCAGAUCCACUUCUUCCUUGCUUUUUUCGCAACCAUGGGGCCCUCUGCAGCAACUGCUGUUUUGCAAAGUUCCGCAAGAGACGAAAAAGCUUGCAGAAUAUUUGUCUUGAAACGUGUUUCUUUGAAUGGUAUGAUCGAGUUAAAUCUGAAAAUUAAGGAAACGUUUCUGGUUGAAUCCAGUAUUUUGAUUCUGUUUUUCGCGGAAUUUUGA